AUGAGAGAACACGCUCGUUUACUGGGCCUCGCGGCCCUCGCUCUCCUGGCAGGAAGCGCAGAGGCCUGCACGUCCGACUCCCAAUGCUCCUUUCUGCUCCCAAAGUGUAACAGUCUCGAUGUCUGUGUCGCCAAUGUGCCCAACGUCAACUGUCGUGUAGACGCCGACUGCGGAAACGCCUUGCUGCCUUCCUGUUCUCUAACGACUGGACUGUGCAUCGCUGGAGUCGCUGGAGUAGUUUGCAAUUCCGAUGCGGACUGUACCAACCCUCUUCUGCCAUCUUGUAACACCGGCACCGGCCUCUGCAUCCAGGCUGUCACCGGCGGAGUUACUUGCAAUACCGACGCGGAUUGUACCAACCCUCUUCUGCCUGACUGCAACACUGCGAAUGGCCUCUGCAUCGCUGCAGUCGGCGGAGUCACUUGCACCACGGAUACCGACUGUACGAAUGCUCUUCUGCCUAACUGUAACACUCAGACCGGCCUCUGCGUCGCUACAGUCGCUGGAGUCACUUGCUCGACGGAUGCCGACUGCACAAACCCUCUUCUGCCAGACUGCAACACUCAAAGUGGCCUCUGCAUCGCUGCCGUCAUCGGCGGAGUUACUUGCACCACGGAUGCCGACUGUACGAACCCUCUGUUGCCUGAUUGUGAUACGAUUACUGGAUCUUGUGUCGCGGCCGUCGUCGGCGGAGUUACUUGCAGCACGGAUACUGAUUGUACCAACCCUCUUCUGCCAGACUGCAACACGGCGACCGGCCUCUGUGUCGCUGCAGUCGGAGGAGUAACUUGCUCAACGGACAGCGACUGCACGAACCCUCUUCUACCAGACUGUGAUACUGCGACCGGCCUCUGUAUUGCUUCUGUUGUCGGUGGAGUUACCUGCUCGACUGACAGCGACUGCACGAACCCCUUGCUACCGGACUGCAACACAGCCACCGGUCUUUGUAUCGCGGCUGUUGGUGGAGUCACUUGCACUACGGAUGCAGACUGCACAAAUCCCCUACUCCCCGAGUGUAAUACGGCAACUGGUCUUUGUAUCCAAUCUAUCAUUGGCGGAGUCACUUGCAGUUCUGAUGCCGACUGUACGAACCCUCUACUACCAGACUGUAAUACCGCUACUGGACUAUGCAUUGCGGCCGUUGGCGGAGUCACCUGCAGUUCUGAUGCCGACUGUACGAACCCUCUACUACCAGACUGCAACACUGCUACUGGACUAUGCAUUGCGGCCGUUGGAGGGGUGACCUGCAGUACUGAUGCCGAUUGCACGAACCCUCUGCUCCCAUCUUGCGAUACAGCCACCGGAUUGUGUAUCGCAGCUAUUGGUGGAGUCACAUGCAAUACGGAUGCCGACUGUACGAACCCUCUACUGCCUGACUGCGAUACUGCUACUGGACUAUGCAUCGCUGCUGUUGGCGGAGUCACCUGUAACACGGAUGCCGACUGCACCAACCCUCUUCUGCCUGACUGCGACACAGCUACAGGCCUUUGCAUUGCAGCUGUUGGCGGUGUUACUUGCACUACAGACGCCGACUGCACCAACCCUCUUCUUCCUGACUGCGACACAGCUACAGGCCUUUGUAUUGCAGCUGUUGGCGGCGUUACUUGCGACACAGAUGCCGACUGCACGAACCCUCUUCUUCCCAACUGUGACCCGACUACAGGCCUUUGCAUCGCAAACGUUCCAGGCGUUACUUGCGACACAGACGCUGACUGUGUCAACCCCCUCUUGCCCUUCUGUGACGAAGGCACUGGACUCUGCAUCGCAACUGGGCCUGACACGACAACUGCAGCAGUGAUUGAUACCACAACUGCACCAGUGAUUGACACUACAACCGAGCCCGUGAUCGUUGACACUACAACUGAACCUGUAGUUGUUGAUACCACUACCGAUGCCGCGGUUGACACCACCACUGAAGCUGUCAUCGAUACCACAGAGCCUGUUGUAGACACCACAACUGAGGGCGUCGUUGAUACCACCACCAACGCUGCUGUUGAGACCACUACAGAUGCUGCUGUCGAGACUACCCCAGAUGUCGCAGAGACCACCACUACCACAACAGUUGGAGGCGGUGUCCAAGGUCGCACAACCACAGACAACAAUGAUUUCGAAACCACCACCACCACAACCGUUGGAGGCGGUGUUCAAGGCCGCACCACCACAGACAACAACGAUCUGGACACCACCGCUACCACAGACGAUGCUGCAGGAACUGCUACAACUGACGCCAACACUGAUACAACCAAUGCCGAGACAGGUACCAGCACCGAUGAUAACCAGACCGCCAGCACCGGCACUGUUGAGACUUCUGAUGCUGCCAACACCGACACCGCCACUGGUACCAAUGGAGCUACUGAGACUGGUACUCAGACUGGCGAUGAGAACACUGCAUCCACUGGAGCUACAGCCACUGACUCAACUGCCACCACGGGAGACCAGACCACCGACACUACAUCCGCUUCUGCCACUUCAACAGAUGACGGCCGAAACCCCGAGUUUGCUGGUAACUUCCGUCUUCUGGGCUGCUACAGCUCCAACGACGGCUUCGUCAGCUUCGAGAUCGGCCUCAGCGGCAGUUCCGUCGACCAGGAAAGCUGUGCUGCGGCUUGUGAUGGAUCAGGCUUCUUCGGUACCUUCGGCAGCUCUUGCUACUGUGGAGACGUACUUAACAACGCCAACCGUGAGAACGAUGAUCAAUGCGAUAUUCCUUGCCCUGGCGAUGACAUUGAGCGUUGUGGUGGUGAGAUUUCGCCCAGCCGCCGUGGUCGCCUUGCUAGACGCCAGAACGUGGCUAGCAAUGCCCUUCUCAUCAUUUACAUUGCUAUCAACGAUGUUAUCACAACGGACGUCAAUGGCAACACAGUCACUCUUCCCGGUGCCACCGUUACCCAGUCCGCCGAUGUCAUUACUGAGCCUGGCACUGUCAUCACCCAGCCCGGUACCACCUUCACUCAAUCUGGCGAAGUCAUCACUCUCCCUGGUACUACCAUCACUGAGGCUGGCGCCACGGUCACUGAUGUCGAGACUGUCACCACCACCUUCGUCUCUACAGUAACCGACUCUUACGCAACCGUCAUCACAACUGUCACCGCUGUCGUAGUCUGCUACGACGGUCACUGCAGCCUCCCAACUGGCAAGCCAUCCACGUCUCUUGUCUACAUCUUCCAGCCUUACCCCGGUGAGGACUGCCACGGCCAGAACGUCUACCUUGCCAGCCCCUGCUCUUGCGCCGGUGGUGUCGAGUACACUCCUUACUACUGUGACGCUGCAUCCUGCAAUGGAAAGACCGUCUACAAGCCUGAGCGCACCGAGUACACCAAGGGCAGCAUCUGCUACUACCCCAGCGAGUGCACACACGAUCAGUGUGAUACUACCGGUACAAUCUACAAGCCUUAUGACGAGACCAAGUACGGCAACGAGGGACCUGGCUACAACGGACAUCCAGAAGGUCCCAACGGUGGUUACCCCAGCCCUGGAAAGGGAGGUGAAAGCCCCAACGGUGGCAAGCCUGGUUCUGAGGCUUAUCCUACUGGUCCUGGAGGAUACCCAGCCCCUGGUGGCAAGCCCGCCCCUGGUGGUAGCGCCCCUGGUGGUAGCAGCCCUGGAUCCAACAGUGGAAAGCCUGGUUCUGAGGCUUAUCCUACUGGUCCUGGAGGAUACCCAGCCCCUGGUGGCAAGCCCGCACCUGGCGGCAGCAGCCCCGGAGCCAACGGCGGAAAGCCUGGUGCCAACGGCGAGCAGCCCGGUGCCAACGGCGAACAGCCCGGUUCUGAGACUGGUAGCAAGGGCACCGACAACGGCAACCAAGAGGGCAGCGGCAGCAAGGGAUCUGAGGGUCCUGGAGGAGAGUCCCCAGCUCCUAGUGCCAGCAGCCCAGGAGCCAACGGCGGCAACCAAGGCGCAGAGGGCGGUAACAGCGCCCCCAAGACUGAGACUGGAUCUUCAGCUGAGACUCCUGAGGAGAACCCUGGCUCUGGAUCUGACAAGCCCGUUGUCGUGUCUCUCGCCGACAGGCAGACUGUUGGCAGCAUUCUUGCUGUUCUCAUUCCCGUUGUCGUUGCUGCUCUUGCAGGCUAA